AUGGACGAAGAUGCACAAAGAAAAGGACGUUCAAGGCGGGUGUUGUUCAGGCAACCGUUGAGCCGAAGAGUGGCAGCGGAGAGCAGAGGGACAAAGAGGGGAGAGGCUGUGAAUUGGGAGAAGGAAAUGCCUCCAAAGAAGAAAUCCAAGUCUUCUUCUUCUUCAACAACAUCAACAGCGAAGAAAAAACAUGAAACCUCACAGCAACAGCAACAACCUUCUAAGUUUGGAAUCCAACAUUUCUUCAGUCUCCACACCCAAAACGCACUUUCCCCCUCUCAAAAUCCCCACCCAUCACCCACUCCUCCAAUUCCCCAAACCCACUCUCAAAACCCUAGAAUUUUACCCCAUUCUCCUAACCCUAAAAUUGCGCCACCAUCCAAUUCUCACCACCCCGAUGCCGACGAUAGCGUGACGGAUGUCUCACCUGAAAUUACCAAGUCUGUAUCUCUCCAACGCUUCAAGUUCUCUCCUGGAAUGUUGAUAAAGCAGAGCCAGGAUGAUGGCGGCGAUGAAGUCACAUGGAAGAUAUCUCCGGUUAAUGAAAGACUUCAAGCUAUUUCAUCUGGUACUGCUGUCAAGGUUGAUAAGCAGCUUCCUUCGCCUACGAGGAAGGGUACUGGCAGGUCUUUGAUGUCUGAAAGUAGAGCUGGAUUGAAGAGAAUAAACCCAUGCCAGAAUGUGAAUUUGACUGAUGUCAAUAGCUCUCUUGCUAGUCAACAAAGUCCUUUCAGAACUCCACCAUCCAUAUCUUAUUGUCAUGAAAGGCUUUCUGAUGUUGCUGAAUGCAAUGGAGCAUUAGAUCAACUGGGUCAAAGGCAACACAAAAAGGCAUUGCUUGAGCUUUUGGAUCAAGUAGAAGAUGCAAUUUCUGUUGAAGAUUCAGAACCUAGUGCAGUCCAUUCAUCCAAAACUCGAGAUGGAAAUGGUUAUGAAAUGCCCUGCAAUGCUGAAUCUCCUGUAAAAGAAGCAGCAAUAGAUCCACCAGAACAUGUUGCUGUGCCUUUGUCAAAUUAUAAUUUUCUUGUAUUGGAGGUGUCUGAGAAGCACAGGCCUGUGGAUUCCUCUGGUGCUCAAUGCCCUUAUAAGGUUCUUCGGUUGUUGAAUGAGCAAAGUGGGGAAGAGCGAGCUGUUUAUUUGUGGGAAGAGUGGCUAAUAACAAAUGUAAACCUCGACCCAAAUCGUGACUACAGGUGCAAUCUGGUCUGCUUAGCUGAUUUCAAGAGUGCCAAACUCUACCAAGCCAAGUUCUAUAGUGUCAUUGCACCUGGAGAUACCGUAAAUGUGAUUGGUGAAUUUGAUGACCAAGGAAAGUGUGAUGUGAAUAGUGACAAUAAUCUUUUAAUUGUUCAUCCUGAUAUUCUAGUCUCUGGAACUCGGUUUCCUCUAAUGGUUGCUGCUAGUUUCAAUUGUCCACGUCGAACCGUCUUGGAUGAGAGACUAAAAUGCAGCGAGUAUUCGACUGCUGCAUUAAUUGGUACCUUGCUGCACCAAAUUUUUCAGGCUGGACUCAUGCAAGAUAAUCCUACCAUUAACUUCUUGGAGAAAUAUGCGAGGAUGGAUUCAAAAGCCCCCAUUAUUGAUUUUGGUUCUGAUGAUGGAUUGAAAAAGCUAAGAAUAUCUGAGGUGAUUGAUAUCGAGGAGAUGGCAUGGGCUCCAAAAUAUGGAUUGAAAGGAAUGAUUGAUGCUUCUGUCUGUGUUAAAGUAGAGUCAGGCAGAAAUAAAGCAGAUGAGAAGAUUGUACCCCUAGAGUUUAAAACUGGGAAAGUUUCCAAUGGGCAGGCAAGUAUUUGGUCUUUGCUGAAAAGUGCACGCUAA